AUGACAGUUAUCGAUUUAAAUACUGGGAAACCACAUGAAAACCCGACCAAAUUCAGUCGCAGCAAUAGCAAAAUCUCAACUAAGCAAAAGGAUACAGGUAUUCGAAUUCAAUGGAUAUAUGAACCUGACAAGUUACUUCCAACAAAAGUUGAACCUGCUCCGAUAGCUGUUAAUAAUGUACUCGACAGAGGUGAAUAUUACGAACGUCCAGAAGCUGUGAUUGGUGUUCUUGUUCAUUCUGGUGAAGAACCUGUUGCUGUUGCUGCAUGGUAUGGUAAUGAUCAUAAAGGUGAUUGGAAUAUUUACGGAGACCAACCUGAACAAUCACAGCAGGUAUAUUUCUUAAGUGGUGCAAAGACCAUAUUCGUGGGACGAUUCUAA